AUAAAGGCCAGGGAAGGUAGCCCUGGAACUCUUUGUCCUGUGUCUACCGUAGCGUGCGGAGUGCUGGUGUACCUGGCAGGGACCAUCAGGACUACUUUGAGGAAGGGAUCCCUCAGUUUAUUACCACCAUGGAUGAUGUAUAUAAAGCAGCGGUUGAGAACUUAACAGAGGAGCAGAAAAACGAGUUCCGGGCCGCCUUUGACAUCUUCGUGCAGGAUGCAGAGGACGGCUGCAUCAGCACUAAGGAGCUAGGGAAGGUGAUGAGGAUGCUGGGACAGAAUCCCACACAAGAGGAGCUGCAGGAAAUGGUGGACGAGGUCGAUGAAGACGGCAGUGGGACGGUGGAUUUCGACGAGUUCUUGGUGAUGAUGGUGCGCUGCAUGAAGGAGGAGAGCAAAGGGAAAUCAGAGGAAGAGCUGGCCGAGGUCUUCCGCAUGUUCGACAAAAACGGCGAUGGAUAUAUAGACUUGGAUGAACUGAAGAACAUGCUAGAAUCUACAGGAGAAGCCAUUACUGAAGAUGACAUCGAGGAACUCAUGAAGGACGGAGACAAGAACAACGACGGCAAAAUUGACUACGAUGAGUUCUUGGAGUUUAUGAAGGGUGUAGAGUAGGAGCUUGUGCCUGACUGAAGACCCUGAAGCUGAUCCAAUGGCACAGCCUCAUCAUUCCUUAUCCCAGAUCUGGGACAUCACCACAGGGUCAUCUCUUUCAACUCUAAACCUGGAGAAUACAAUGUGCAACUAGAAUAGGAAGAUAAAUGUAAAUAUCUACACAACUCUCUAGAAUAUACUAUACUACAAGCAUUAAAAAAAAAUCGAAUUGCCCUUGUCAAAUAAUCGAUUCUGGGGCAAAGAGAAAAUGCAUUUGUUCUACAACACAUUACUUAGCCUUCCUACCACAAAAAGUCAAUAAAAAUAAAAUGCCUUCAAAAGUUGGA